GUUAAUCUGCCCACGUAGAUAAAACAACGUGCAGGUCAAAGGCGGGCGGAUGGUGUCGUGUUUGUCGGUAAUCAUUGGGGACCCUCGUAGUAAGGACAUUGGUGUUGUUUUCUAAAUGCUUUUUAAAUUUUUUUUUAAGUGUUUAAGUUGCUUGACAGAAUGACGACAUUGAACCAAUGGUACUCCACAAACUGCUGCCUGUGCUGCCAUGUCCGCACAGGAACCAUCAUCCUGGGGGUCUGGUACAUGCUCAUCAACGCCGUGGUGUUACUCAUCCUGCUCACGGCCCUCGGUGAUCCUGAGCAGUACCACCUGACCAGUGCUGAGUUGGCUAAUGACUUGGAUGUCAUGGAUGAUGCCAACAUGUGCAUCGCCUCAUCCAUCUCCCUGCUGAUGAUACUCAUAUGUGGGAUGGCAACAUAUGGUGCAUACAAGUUGCAUGCUGCCUGGAUCAUACCGUUUUUCUGCUAUCAGAUCUUCGACUUUGCACUCAACACCCUUGUUGCUGUGAGCAUUGUGGUCUAUCCAAAUACGAUACAGGAUUACCUGCAGCAAUUGCCUGACAAUUUUCCCUACAAAGAGGACAUUUCAGCUCUCAGUAACGUGUGUUUGGUCCUCGUCGUGCUGCUCUUCAUCAGCUGUAUUUUGGCCUUCAAGGCUUACCUGAUCGCAUGCGUGUGGAGCUGCUACAGAUACGUGUGCAGCCGCGGCACUGCACAAAUCCUACUUUAUGUCACAACCGAUGACACCACGGUGCUCUUUCCUCCUUAUGACAACAGCGUGGAUGUUCCGACUAAACAGGGCACUCCUCAGUCCUCCUCCACAAUGACCGCAUGAGUACAUUCCCAAGAACCCUCGGUAGGAAGUCAUUUUACAAUCCACGUCUGCACCUCACUGCCUCUUUAAGCAUUCGGUAACACAUUUUCUAUGAAGAGCCGUCACACACCAUCAAUGUGUACGUCGUAGGGGUGUGACAAUACUCUCAUUUCACGAGACGAUGCAUGAUAUCGCAAUCGCGAGACAAGGCUAUAACAUAAUUUUCAAGCAGGGGCCCAUGCAGGGUGGUAGAGUUGUGACAAUUCUUAGGGACCCUGAUUGGCUGGUGUUGAGGGGGCUUAUGGGGAAAUGCAGGUGCACAUGACCCAUGCAUGAACUUAUAACUUGUUUUCACUACUAAAACCUAAAAUGAAAAAUCAUAGAAAGUUAAAGAAAACACAGUAAUCUUUUUUGAGGAGCUCAACGGCGUCUUCUGCAUCUCUGAUAUCGCAGCUGUCAAGUGUGUCACUGAUUCGUCUGUAUCGUAUUAUCUCUGGGCUGCUGUAGAUUGCUGGAUUGCUUCUUCUGCUGGCAAAAGCAAUCUAGUGUGUUAAGAGUGUUUUUCCGUCAACUUUUGGCAUCCAUUAUUGACAGUUUAGCGGUUUAUGCUUGGCGUAGACAUGGAGCGUUGGUUUGAAGGAGAGCAGAAGCUAGCUCUGUUUGCUAGCUUUCAGUUUUUAGUGUGCACAAAGUACUUAACAUGUAGUUCCAAUCACUCACGCGCGGCCAGGCAAAUAUAUUUCUAUUAAAAAAACAACCUUCUGAUUAUCUUCUCCCCUCUUUUCCUAUGAGGAGAAAUGUUGUCCCAUUUUUUUCUGGUGAGAUUUCGUGACACAAGAGCUUGUCACAUCCCUAAUAAUACAUUGUGUAAUGGACUUGUGACCUUCUUCGGGACGGCGUGGCAAAGAUGGUAGAGUAGCUGUGCCGGCAAUUUGAGCGUUACUGGUUCAAUCCCCACCUUCUACCAUCCUAGUCACGUCUGUUGUGUCCUUGGGCAAGACACUUCACCCUUGCUCCUGAUGGGACCAGGUUAGCGCCUUGCAUGGCAGCUCCCGCCAUCAGUGUGUGAAUGGGCGAAUGUGGAAAUACUGUCAGAGCGCUUUGGGCUUCUUAAAAAGGGGUAAAAAAGCGCCAUACAAGUACAACCCAUUUACCAUUUACUAGGGGCGUAGGAAAAAUCGGUUCGAAUACGUUUUGCGAUUCAGAAUCGAUUGUCAUUUAUAAAAAAAUCAAUUAUUUUUAUUUAUUUAUUUUUAUUUUUUUAAUCAAUCCAACAAACCACUACACAGCAAUACCAUAACAAUGCAAUCCAAUUCCAAAACCAAACCUGACCCAGCAACACUCAGAACUGCAAUAAACAGGAGACACAAACACGACACAGAACAAACCAAAAGUAGUGAAACAAAAAUUAACAUUAUCAACAACAGUAUCAAUAUUAGUUAUCAUUUUAGCAUAGCAGUGAUUAAAAAUCCCUCAUUGACAUUAUCAUUAGACAUUUAUAAAAAAAAAAAAAAAAGAACAAUAGUGUCACAGUGGCUUACACUUGCAUCGCAUCUCAUAAGCUGGACAACACACUGUGUCCAAUAUUUUCACAAAGAUAAAAUAAGUCAUAUUUUGGGUUCGUUUAAUAGUCAAAACAAAUUGACAUUAUUGCAAUCAAUCUAUAAAACAUUGCCCUUUAUAAUUAUAAAAGCUUUUUAAAAAAAAUCUACUACUGUGCUAGCAUGUCAGCAGACUGGGGUAGAUCCUGCUGAAAUCUAUGUAUUGAAUGAAUACAGAAUCGUUUUGAAUCAAAAAAAUAUCUAUUUUGAAUCGAGAAUGGCGUUGAAUCGAAAAAAUCGAUAUAUGAUCGAAUCGCGACCCCAAGAAUCGACAUUGAAUCGAAUCGUGGGACACCCAAAGAUUCGCAGCCCUACCAGUUACCAUUUCUUACUGACUAACUACCAAUAUCUGUCAUUUUGGCUGACAUUAUUAAUAGAUGAAAUAUAUAUUUUUAUUAAUGCUGUGUUUGCUGUGUGCGUGUAAUUGUAUUGUGCGUCAGACACACACUUUGUAUGUACGCAAAGUACCCUUAGUAAAGAGUGAAUGGUUGCUGUGUUGUUUCGUCCUAUCAUGUUGUCUCCUAUCAGCUGCACCUUAACAUGUUGAAAAUGUUUAUUUUAUUGAAAACACAGUCUUGUUGUAAAGCAUCGGGCCUUUGUGCUAUGAAAAGGACAAUGGACCCUAGUUGUGUUUUCCUCAAUAAGGCCAGUGGUUCUCUAUGUGGAAACACACACGUCUGUUUCUCCAGGUAUGCUUAUUGGAAAAUGCUGUGAUGUGCAAUCAAAGUGAAAAAUAAAUAGAUGUUUGCCAAA